AUGUUGUUCAAUCGUCUGUCGUUGUUUGCAGCUUAUGGCGCGCUCAGUGAGCUGGCGUGUGCUCAGUUUCCUCCUGCGCUCGAGGGCGUUACUGUGCUGGACUCGCAUAUCGAGGAUGGCAUCCGCAUCUCGUACAAAGAGAAUGAUCUUUGCGAAACCACCGACGGAGUUCGAAGCUACUCAGGUUAUGUACACCUACCAGCGGGUGCUCUGGCCGAUCUGGGUGUGCAAAACCAGACGUACGAUAUCAACACCUUCUUCUGGUUCUUUGAGUCUCGAAAAGAUCCUGCAAAUGCACCCUUAUCUAUUUGGAUGAAUGGCGGGCCGGGAUCCAGCUCGAUGCUUGGGUUGCUGCGCGAAAACGGGCCCUGCUAUGUCAACUCCGAUUCCAACUCAACAUACCUAAGUGACUGGUCCUGGAACAACGAGGUCAACAUGCUCUACCUCGAUCAACCAGUGCAAGUUGGCAUGAGUUACGAUAGCUUAACCAACAUCACCAACAACAUCGACACCGGGGAUGUAGACGUUGCUGACUUCUCGAACGGAGUACCAGCCCAGAACGCUUCUUUCUACGUCGGCACCUACGCCAGUCAAGAUGCUAACUUGACGACUCGCGGCACAGAGAACUCUGCACGGGCUUUCUGGCACUUCGCUCAGGUCUGGUUCCAGGAGUUUCCCCAACACAAGCCCAACGACGACAGGAUCUCAAUUGCAACCGAGUCUUAUGGAGGCCGUUACGGGCCGGCAUUUGCAGCUUACUUUCAGGAACAGAACGAGAGGAUCCUCAACGGCACAUGGGAUGAGCAAGGCCAAACUCACUUGCUCCAUCUCGACACUCUUUUGAUCAUCAACGGUUGCAUCGAUCGCUACGUCCAAUGGGCGGGUUACCCACAGAUGGCGUACAACAACACGUACGGCAUUAAAGCCUACAACGAGUCUCGUUACGAAGGAGUGAUCGAUGCUCUAUAUCGUACGGACGGUUGCCUGCACCAGAUCGAGAACUGCCGCAACCUGAGUCUCGCAUACGAUCCCACCAACCAGGGCUUCAACGAGAGCGUGAACACGGUGUGUCAGAAAGCUGAAACUUUUUGCACAGCGGAGAUCCGUGAUCCAUACUUCGACAGCGAUGUAAACUACUACGAUAUUUCCGCACCUGGUGCAGCCUCUUUCCCAGCACCUUGGUAUGCAGGAUGGCUCAAUCAGCCCCACGUACAGCAAGACCUUGGCAUCCCAAUUAACUGGACACAAUCUAACGCAGCUGUAUCGCGAGCCUUCCGCAGCAUCGGCGACUACCCACGUCCAGGCUGGAAAGAAGAUCUCGCGUAUCUCCUUGAGGAGGGUGUGAAGGUUGCAUUGCUACACGGCGACCGGGAUUACGCCUGCAACUGGUAUGGCGGCGAAGCACUUUCCCUCGCAAUUCCAUACGAGAAUGCCACGAAUUUUGCAGCCGCAGGCUACGCCCCCGUUGUGGUCAACGACACCUACAUCGGCGGCCAAGUACGCCAGCACGGCAACCUCUCCUUCACCCGCGUCUACCAGGCCGGCCACGAAGUACCAGCGUACCAACCCGAGACUGCGUUCCGCAUCUUCCAGCGCGCGCUGUUCAACUUGGACAUCGCUACGGGUCAUAUCUCGACUACUGAGAACCCGGACUACUCGUCCGAGGGUGUGGCGAACGUGUACAACAUCACCAACGAGCCCAUCACGCUGCCUGGAUCACAGUGCUACGUUCUCGAUCGCGAGCAGUGUACCGAGGAGCAGUGGGAAACGGUCAUGGAUGGGUCUGCGCUGAUCAAGAAUUGGAUCGUCGUGGACGCUAACACAAGCUACCUGUUCCCUGAGCUGGUGGGCAAUGGGACGACGAGCCCCACGCCCAGUGCUAGCGGUGCGCUGCCUGAAUCUACUGGUGCUGCGGGCAAGAACAUGGUGGGCGGUGCUAUGCUGUCAGUAGUGGUGAUCGCUCUGUUCACUGUGUUGUAA